AUUGGGUAACUUCCUGACUUUGCUUAUCUUACGUCAUAUUGUAUUAAUGUCGAUCCUGUCUUUCAAAAUGGACACCGGAGAGCCUUCUCAAGAGGAUUCAGUCCAAAAGCCUUCCACAGGCCCUAAAGGGAAAAAGAAAAAGAAGGAAGGAAAAAAGACUCUCACUCUUGAUCAGUUUCUAGCUACCGAUGAUGGGUAUUCAGAGCCUAAAAGCCAGAACUGGGCUAUUCUUUCAGAGAAUCCAGAUGAAGACUAUGAAAGCUAUGUCAAGUUUGAUCGUUCCACUUUGCCUACAGCCCCCAAGGCAGCAAUGGGGCCUAAAGUUGAUAUCUCUCAAAUCCCUAAUAGUGGACCUUUUUCUGCCUAUGUUGGUAAUAUUUCCUAUGAUGCCAAAGAAAGUGACUUGGAGCAGCUUUUUUCCAAAUUAGAUGUAGCAACUGUGAGAAUCAUAUGUGAUGGGGGACGCCCACGAGGAUAUGCUUAUGUUGAUUUUAAGACAAAGGAGUCUUUGCUGGAAGCUCUUACUUACAAUGAUAAGGAGUAUAUGGGUCGGUCCAUUCGUGUAGAUUUAGCCACAGAAAAAAAUCAAGAAGGUCGUGGAGGUACUGGAGGUCAUGGCGGCCGCUCUAAUGAACCUGAUAGAACAGAAGGUGACUGGAGAAGACGUGACCCUGCUUCUUUGGAUGCUAGUAGUGGUAGAGAUUCUGAUCGAGGUGGACGAUAUGGAGACAGGGGCAGUGGUGGCUUUGAUAAAGAAAAGAGUAGCAGAGGAUUUGGGGAGCGAAGUUACGGUGGUGAUAAAGAUCAUGGUUUUGGAGGUGAUAGAGGUUUUGGUGGUGACCGUGAUAAAAGCUAUAAUGAUCGUGAGAGAGAUCGUGGUUAUGGUGGUGAUAGAGAUCGUGGUUAUGGUGGCGACAGAGAUCGUGGUUAUGGUGGCGACAGAGAUCGUGGUUAUGGCGGUGACAGAGAGCGUGGCUUUGGCGGCGACAGAGAGCGUGGCUUUGGUGGUGACAGAGAGCGUGGCUUUGGUGGUGACAGAGAUCGUGGAUUUGGUGGUGACAGAGAUCGUGGAUUUGGUGGUGACAGAGAGCGUGGAUUUGGUGGUGACAGAGAUCGUGGAUAUGGUGGUGACAGAGAUCGUGGUGGAGAAAGAUCAAGUCGAGGCUAUGGCUUCAACAGAGAUAGUCGAGAUAAUGAAGGACGUUAUGUUUCAAGAGGAGGUCAUGAAGAACGCUUCUCUGGACGGAAAGAUGAGGGCAAACGAGAAGAUUUUCAGCGUGGACGAAGAGAUGAUGUCUCAGAUAGAAGACCAGUAAGUCGUGAUGGAAGUCAAGAACAUAGGGAUGCACCAAAGGAACGUCCUCACUUAAAUUUGAAACCACGCUCUAAACCAGUUGAAAAUAAAGAAAAUGAGCCUGCUGCAAGAUCUUCUAUAUUUGGAGCAGCCAAACCUGUAGACACAUAUGCAAGAGAGAAACAAAUUGAAGAGAAGCUAAAAAAAAAAGAUGACUUUGAUAAUAGUGCUAGCAGUCAAAGAAAAGACUCUGAAAGUGGACGUGGUAGUAGGCUGAGCGGAGAAAGACUAAAUAGUACAGGUGACAGUAGACGCCACAGUGGUGAUAGAUCUGCCCCAGCAGCAAGACGUGACAGUGAACAUUCAUACACAUCUGAUGAUGGUGGUCUGAAGGAAGAAGCUAAGUCCCCAACAGCCAGCAAGUCUAGUGAAGCAGCUCCUAAGCUUGUGCCAGCACCCCCUCCUAAAGAGAAUCCUUGGACCAGGAAGAAAGAGGGGAGUACAGCCCUGUCAAGUACUACCAAUGUAUCUAACAACGCCAGUGUUUCAUCAGCUGACAAGAAGGAGCCUGUUGUCUCUAAGCCCAAUCCUUGGGGAGAUCCUAAUUCUAAAGGUAAGGGUAGGAGCUCAUCAAAAACUGAUGUCCCACCUGGAAAGAAGGAAAAACAAAAUGGAAGUCAAAAUGGUCCUUCACAAAGAAAACCAGAGCUAAAGGGAAAGUCUAAAGAAAAGCAUUUGCCUAGAUCAAUAGAUGAAAUGCCUAAAUAUGAAGAAACCAAAACAAAGGACUUUUCUGACAAAAACAAAUUUGCAUUUUUAAAUGAGGAUGACAAUGAUUCUGAGGAUGUUUCAUGAUUGUGUACAUUUUAGUUCAAUGAGUGUGUGAACAUGUGCAUAUCUGGAGACUCUGCACCAAGCAGACAUGGACCCCUGAAUAAAUCAAACUGAAUGCUCCUAGUGCUCUAUUUCAAUGUUUCUUACAAUGAUCAUCUGUAUUUCUGUAUGGAAUCAUUCGCAAUGUGUUAUGUAUAAAUGAAUUACUAUUUUAAAAACCACUGUUUCAAAGACCAUGUUGUUAAAAAAUAAUUUUAAAUGUUUUUUUGUUUUUUUUCAAACAGAACCGUGUAAUUUCCUCUUAAAAUUUGUUUUUCUAAAUGCUAGAUAAUGACUUGGAUUUUUCUGUGAACUUGUGUGUGAUCUAUUGGAUAUCACUUUUAUUUUAAUUUAUUAUGACUUGAUUGCUGGGUAUCGAGGUUAAUCAACAUUGACUGUAACAUUCAUUUCUUAUUGGAUUAUUUAACUUGACAUUUGUACAGUUUUCUCCUAAAUGCUUUAUAAUAAUAAUACUUUACAUAUUUUUAUGACCUUGUUUCAUUGUGUUGAAUGAUAAGACACUUCCCUCCUUGUUCUUUACUGUUGUAUUGUUGGGAUAAGCUUGGAUAGCAUAAUAGCUGACAACAUAGUGGCAUUGUGCUUCCCCCACCAUCUGUACUGAAUAGAGCAUGGAUGUAAGGUGACUCAUUUGUUUUUUUUUUGGUUUUACUUUCCUUGGCAAACUGGUUAUUAACUUUUAAUUGAGCUGUUAUAGUUCAAUUAUUUCAGAUGUUAUUUUAAUGACCAUACCAUUUGUAUAGUGUUUAUCUUUUCAUUUGUUAAUUUACUAAUGUGUAGUAAAUUAUUACUAUGUUCUGUCAACAUAGUGUUGUUCUUCUGUAUAAUGGAUUAUGUCAGAGAAACCAAAUAGUGCAUAACACAAUAUAUAUAUAAUAUAUAUAUAUAUAAUAUAUAUAUAUAUAUAAUAUAUAUAUAUAUAUAUAUAUAUAUAUAUAUAUAUAUAUAUAUAUAUAUAUAUAUAUAUAUAUAUAUAUAUAUAUAUAUAUAUAUAUAUAUAUAUAUAUAUAUAUAUAUAUAUAUAGUGUUGUUUUUUAAAUUUUGAUGUUUCACUGCAUUAUGAAGGAUUUACUUGUAAUGCUGAAAGAAUGUUAUGAUAACUUUGUAAGUCAACAUAUAUUGUUGAAAAUUUAAUAGUCAGUCGUGAUGUACAUUGAUUUCAUAGGGCGUCAGUGGCUCUAUUUUAUUAUUUGAAUUUAAACAGAGAAAGAGUUUUGUACAACUUAUGGGUGAACUAAUUUAAUAAUUGUUCUUAACUUGGUUUUUGGGUUAGUGUCACAUAACCAUAACUGCUGAUUGAAAAUAAAUAUUUAAAUAAAUCUUUCAAGUUCACUCAAUUAAAUUGCAUUUUGCGAAAGCUUAAUAUGUCGUAUGUACAAGUUGUAAAAACUUUAGUUUUUUAAGGAUUGAUAGUGAAACAGUAUGUGGAUUAGGCCAAAUAAUGAUGUUGUAACAAUGUGUGCUUUAAAAUGUCAGACAUUGUUAAAUAAAUGGUAUGAAACAGUAAA